AUGAACGGCCUGAGGGCGAGUGCAAGACGGCCAUUUGCGUCGAGUAGUACAAUCACUAGGAAUUGGCAAAGAUAUUACGCAGCACCUGCACAACAGGCAUACCUCGAACAGAAGGACAAUGUCGCCGUUCUAUAUCUGAACCGCCCAGAGGCAAAGAAUGCGAUAUCCAGACAGCUUCUCAAGGAGUUUCAUGGUUGCUUGAAGCAACUUGACCGGAGCUCUCGCGUCCUCAUUAUAUCUGGGACGAAGCCCGGUGCUUUUUGUGCAGGAGCCGAUUUGGCCGAGCGCCGUACCAUGUCAACUGCAGAGGUCAACCAGUUUCUCGUAAAUUUACGUGCGGCCAUACGUAAUUUGGAGCAGGUGGACAUCCCAACAAUAGCUGCUAUUGAUGGGCCUGCUCUUGGUGGCGGUCUUGAGCUCGCAUUGGCAUGUGACCUUCGGGUAGCGGGCGCACAAGCCACAAAGAUUGGACUACCAGAAACCAAGUUGGGGAUCAUUCCGGGUGCUGGAGGGACCCAGCGACUCGUCCGAUUACUAGGGAUAUCCAAAGCAAAAGAGCUUAUAUUCACUGGCAGAGCACUAUCUCCAAAGGAGGCCCACGCCUUUGGCGUAGUCGAUCACGUCGCGGAAUCUGGUCUGUCCAAGGCUUUUGAAUUGGCAGAAGAGAUGAAAACAGGAGCUCCUUUGGCAUUGCGUGCAGCGAAACUAGCCGUCUCUCGAGCUGUGGAUCUGUCAUUAGAGGCUGGCUUAGACUUCGAGAGAGCGUGCUAUCAGCCAUUACUCUCUACCAAAGACCGUCUGGAAGCACUCGCAGCUUUCAAGGCCAAACGUAAACCAAACUUCACGGGAGAAUAA